AUGAUGUUCUCCAGAUCUCUUUCGCUCGCUGCUGUUCUUGCCGCCUGCUCCGUGGCGCUUGCGAGCCCUGCCGGCGUGACGUCCACUACGACGGUUACACGGACGAACCACGUCAACACCGUGGUGUACGACACGACCACUACGACCACUGCGACUUCUUAUUCAACGUCUAUCGUCCCGAGGACCACGACAUUCACGCGUAUCACCACGACUACGACUGUGAGGCCGACGACAACUACCGUUUUCGUGGGUGCAUAG